CAUUGUGGAAACAGGAUGAAGCUGACCAGUGAGGAGUUGCCCAAGGACCCCGUUUAUAGCUCUCUGUCCCAGUAUGCCGCCAAGAACCAGUCGUUCUCCCAGGGGAGGAAGGAGAAGUCCGACCACUACAGCCACGCAAACUUGGUGGAUAAGGCACUGCAGCUCUUGAAGGAAAGAAUAAGAAGAGGCGAUGCCGUGGCCUAUUUCCUACGAGGCCAACUCUAUUUUGAAGAGGGAUGGUAUGAAGAAGCCUUGGAGCAGUUUGAAGAAAUCAAGGAGAAGGACCAUCAAGCGAUGUACCAGCUGGGAGUGAUGUACUACGACGGGCUGGGCACAGCUGCGAACGCUGAAAAAGGAGUGGAAUAUAUGAACAAAAUAAUUGAUUCUCCAUGUCCCAAAGCGAGACACCUACAGUUUGCAGCUGCUUACAACCUCGGACGAGCUUAUUACGAAGGCAAAGGUGUGAAACGAUCCAAUGAGGAAGCUGAAAGGCUGUGGCUUUUUGCUGCGGACAAUGGGAAUCCAAAAGCCAGUGUGAAGGCCCAGAGUAUCCUCGGACUGUAUUACUCAACGAAAGAGCCCAAAGAGUUAGAAAAGGCGUUCUACUGGCAUUCAGAAGCCUGCGGCAACGGAAACCUGGAGUCCCAGGGGGCACUGGGGCUCAUGUACCUGUACGGACAGGGCAUCCGCCAGGACACCGAGGCUGCCCUGCACUGCCUGCGGGAGGCGGCGGAGCGUGGGAACGUGUGCGCGCAGGGGCACCUGGUGGAGUAUUACUACAACAUGAAGUUCUUCACCAAGUGCGUGGCCUUCUCCAAGAGGAUCGCCGACUACGACGAGGCUCACGACAUCCCCAUGAUAGCCAAGGUCACGGACUGUCUGCCGGAGUUCAUCUGCAGGGGCAUGGCCAUGGCGUCCUUCUACCACGCGCGCUGCCUCCAGCUCGGCCUGGGGAUCUCAAAGGACGAGGCGGCCGCGAAGCACUACUAUUCCAAAGCCUGUCGUCUGAACCCCGCUCUGGCAGAUGAACUUCACUCUUUACUUAUUCGUCAAAGAAUUUAG